CCAAGCGCCCCGCACGCCGUCGCAAAACAACGCGCCUCGCCGCGCGUGCGACUGCCGUGAAGCGAGGCCGGGAAGAUGGCGGCGCGGUGGGCUGCAGGUGUGGGUAACGCCUGUGUGCGCGGUCUGCUGGGUUUGGCGCGGCCGGAGAGGUGGCUAGCAGCGAGUAGCCUUUUUCCUCUGUCAUGCAUCCACACGUCAUGCACAGCUCUGCAGCAAAUUGGAAAGUGGGAGAAAAAGAACAGGAUUGUUUACCCUCCACAACUGCCUGGAGAACCUCGCAGACCAGCUGAAAUAUAUCACUGUCGGAGGGAGAUAAAAUACAGCAAAGAUAAGAUGUGGUACCUAGCAAAACUGAUAAAAGGGAUGUCCAUUGAUCAGGCUCUGGCUCAGCUGGAAUUCAGUGAUAAAAAGGGAGCAAAGGUGAUCAAAGAGGUUCUGUUAGAAGCUCAGGAAUUAGCAGUAAAAAAGCACAACGUGGAAUUCAAAUCAAAUUUACAUAUAGCCGAAUCAACGACGGGCCGAGGCCGCUAUACGAAGCGGAUUCGUUACCAUGCCAAAGGCAUGUUUGGCAUCAUGAAAAUCGUCAGGUGCCAUUAUUUUGUGAAGCUGGUGGAAGGUCCCCCUCCUCCUCCAGAGCCACCAAAGACUGGGUUUGACCAAGCCAAAGAAUACGUGCAGCAGCUGCGGAGUAGAACCCUUGUUAACACACUGUGACAAACUUUUGUGACUGUCUAGGUAUUUGUUUGAUAAUGUAAUUAUGUAAAAGAAUAAUUAAAAUAAUGCUUUAGUGAUAUCUUUGGUGAUGUUGGAGCUGGAUGAUGCAAGAAUGGUCAUAGGUUUUUGUUCUUAUUUGUUAAGCCAUAGGUAUGGAAAAGUCUUGGAAAAGCAGCAACAGAUGUUACUUUUUCUGAGUUAUUCGAACCAGAGCAUUCAGGCUCUACCUUGGACUAUCAGAUCUAGAGUAUACAGUGCUGUUAUAAAGCUUGACAGGAGCUGUGUUUGUCCUACAUUCAUGCAGCUGUCUUGGUUAUGUAUGGUUGGGUGUUUUAUUGUAAAAAUCGGUGCUUGACAGCCAUGUUGCAAGACCAAGACUUGCACGAAAAUUGCUAAAAUUUGACAAAGUAGCUACAACAAUGGAACAAAACAAGUAACAAUAAUAGUUGAGAUUAUCAGGCAUCAGUUUAUGGUUUCUUUAUCUGGGCUGUCAUGUUUUUUCUUAGAGUCUGCUAUGCAUCUUGGGCAUUGUGUCUGGGAGUGGGGAAUAAAAACCCAUUUAAAGUUCA